CAGUGCACAGACUUGUGAUGCGGUCAAAAAUGUUCAGAAUUGCAAUUGUUGUAAUUUUGCUCAUUUCUCUAUCGUAUAUUUGUCCCUAUAUGACAAAUUGUGGGCCUGAGAAUGUAUGUGAAUGUUCUUCAGAGGAUGUGUAUUUGUCAAUGAAGUGCAAUGGAACGAGUUCUAGUUUAGGCGAAAUAUGUUCUUCUAUAGGCAAUUUCACAGACUAUAAAGUGACGUCAUUAAUUGCAACUAAUUUCAAUGUCGGGAACCUUACCAAGAAAACCCUUACUGGCUGCGAUACUCUUCGUAAACUGACUUUAACAAAUGACGGGAUUGAGUCGUUAGAAUAUGACACUUUUGAAAACAUUGAAAACUUGACUGUUCUCGACAUGAGCAACAACAUGCUGGAUAUAUACAAUUCACAAAGUGUUUAUAUGUUCCCGUCGAAACUAAGAGUUUUGAAGCUAAAUAGAAAUAUACAAAGAAUCACGCCUAAAACUGCUUACCCGGACUUAUCAAUGAGUAGCGAACUUGACGUUCUAUUCCUAGAUGGAAUCAAAGGUAAAGAUUUUCCGCAGUCAUACUCGACAAUGAAAACUUUGAGUUCCCUCACAUUAUCUUGCCACAUCGGAAGAUGCAAUCUAACACAUCUGACAAAUUCAACAUUUAAAAACAUUAAUAGUCUAAAAGUCCUGAACAUUUCAUCUUGCUUUAUAAAAACGGUCGAAGCUGGAACCUUCGCCACUCUUCCGAACCUGGAAGUUCUUGACAUAUCGGGAAACAUGAAUAUGGGGUUUCCAUUACUAAGUAAUGUGUCGUACGGUUUACAGUUUACAAGUAUCAAAUAUUUGAACUACUCAAAAAUGCACACCACAUUCGGGACAGGAGUUAACGUUCGGAAGAAGGACUUUUGUUAUCUUCAUAAUACAAGCUUGGUUGAACUUUCAAUAGACAGUAACAGGAUAGAAAUGCUUGAAACAAAUUCCCUUAUUCUUCUACCAAAAACAAUAAGGGUUAUAAGUACACGUGACAAUAUCUUUUCUUUUGGACUGUACUUGUUGCAGAUGGGAUGUGUGUCAAGUAUACGCGAGUUUUACGGAAGUUUUCAAAAUAAACUUCAUAAACCAAAAAUGUUUUUCAUUGAAGGAGGCCUAUCAAGCUACAGUAACUAUAGUUACGUCAGCACUUGCCCAUAUAUGGAAGAGAACUAUUUGAAAAAUUUAAGCCAAUCAAUUCCUUUUUGCACGUUCUUCGAACGAAAUCAAGUGAAAUAUGUCCCUCCUUCAGUACCGAAGCAGUUAGAAAAGAUUGCUUUUAAUGACUGUAACAUGAAAUACGAAGUUCCGUUUUUGAAUAUAUCGUCUUCAGAUAGCAAUAUAAACUAUAUUGACAUGUCAGGCAACGUCUUGUACUCGUGGAAGGGUCCGUUUUUGGGACCUUUCAAGAACGUAAGAUAUGUUGAUUUGUCCCGAAAUUACUGUGAUCAAAUAAGUCCCCAUUUUUUCAGUUCCUUUCCGUCUGUAGAAAUAUUACAUCUUGAUCAAAAUUUUAUUGGACUUAUUUUAGUUGAUGAUGAAGUCGGUCCCUAUAUAUUCGGACAGUUGAGAUAUUUAAAAACACUUACAAUGUCUGCUAAUAAAGUUACAUACAUACCUCCAAAACUUCUGAUAAAUAAUUCUAACGUAGAAGUUCUAGAUUUAAGCUUAAAUAAUAUUGAGAGUUGGACGCUUGACACUGAAAAUUUGAAAAAUUUAACCCACAUUAAUAUUAGUUACAAUUUCAUUUCAUUCCUGCCAAGUCAACUUACAAGUCACCUAGAUGAAGUAUCGUUACGUCAUGGAACUAACUUCACAAUUGAUCUCAGUAACAAUACUAUAAAGUACAGCUGUGACGAACAAGAUUUCUUAAAGUGGUUUGUCGCUCACAGAGAAAAUAUGAUAGGAUUUCACGCGUAUCACUUCGAAGGUAAAAAUAAUGAGCCUGUGUCUGCCAAUCAGUUUGUAAAGAUUGUAAAUGAUAUAAGUGAAAAUUGUAAAGAGGAAUCUAACGUUGCACGUACCGUUUUAAUAGUAUUUCUUUCUAUUUUCGCAGUAGUUUGUUUUGUAACUUUAAUAUUUUCAAACCGAAAAGCGAUCUGGCAUCAUUUUGUCAAAAUUAGAGACCCACCGAGAAAUUACAAAGCGAGUCGAUUUAAAGCAUUUAUAUCAUUUGCUAAUGAAGACAGAGUUUUUGCCAAUGAUAUACUUGCUGAAAAGCUCGAGUCUGACUAUAACCAACCCUGUUGCUUACAUGAGAGGGAUUUUAAGGCAGGUACCGCGAUUCGUCGAAACAUAGCCGAAGGUAUUCAAGAUAGUGAGAACGUCAUUGCAGUGUUAACUAACUCAUAUCUAACAAGCGACUGGUGUAAAGUCGAAUUCGAGUUCGCUGUAGAGGAAAUCUUACAUUCUAAACGCGGAGAAAAAAGUUUGAUUAUUAUUCUUACGGGGGCACUGAAUGAACAAGAUUUAAGAAAUAAUCAUACCAUCAAAAAAUGGUAUGAUAAACACACCUACUUAGUCUAUGCUGAAAGAGAAGAGUUUUGGACAAGGUUAUGCGUUGCUUUAAACGUUAAAUCAGAUCGCAGUAAUUACGGGACGCUUGGCGGACCAUAUAAUAAUGGAAGAAAGCAGUCUCUACAAACUGAUGAUAACCAAAGCAUACGUGAAGAUGUUCCGCUAUUAGAACUGUAGUGCUGAUACUUUUGUACCAUUGACUUCAUCUUUCAGUUGAUUUUUCCGUCUUUGUGAUUUCUGUAACUGCUUUAUCAUUUUCAAACGGACCCUCCCGCUUAGCUCAGUAGGGAGACCAUUUGGUCUACGGAUCGCGGGGUAGCGAGUUUGAUCUCCGGGCGGAGCGUAUGUUCUCCAUGACGAAUUGAUAAAAGACAGUGUGUCUGACAUUAUUCGUCCUCUACUUCUGAUAAAUCGUGUUGGGAAGUUGGCAGUUACAUGCGGAGAACGUCUGGUUUGUACAGGUUCAGAAUCCAGGAACACUGUUUAGGUUAACUGCCCGCCGUUACAUGACUGAAAUACUGUUGAAAAACGGCGUUAAACCCCAAACAAACAAAAACAAUUUUCAAACGAAACCAUAUUUCUACACCCCCUUCCAUAGCUUCUUAAAAGCAUAUUAACAUGCUAGACUACUUAAACAGCAAAUUCUCGUAUCUGAAACUGUAACGUUCAGCUAUCUGGUCUAUAAAACAAGGAUAAAUAUCAAACAGGGAAUGCCACUUUCGAAAAACGCAGCCACUCCGAAACGAAACCCACAACACGCAGAUGUGCACACUUCUAACACACACACUCAAAUACAAAGCAAACUCACGAGGACAAUACAAACAAAGGAAUACAGUGGGACACCGCCUUGGAACACUCAGUGGCAAAAGCACCACUGGGGAGCUUCUAUACCGCUCAUACGAGCCUCGGACCAAAGUUCCGUUGAAACAUUGGAAAUAUUGGGAAACAUUUUAGGCCUGUUCCUUUUAGUAAAACUUUGUUCUCGAGGAUUCCAUGUCUGACAUUUAAUAAUUAGUUUAUACUAAUUUAUUUUAAGUCGUUUGCAACCUAUUUAUCACUCUCGACAGCAUUUAUCGUCAAGCGGGUACUCGAUUAGUAUUCGAUUAUUUUGUCGGUCACAAAGAUAUAGAUGGCACGAUUUAUUCGCGAUUUUUGUAUGAAACGUUUUUUUAAAAACGUUUAUUCAUGAUCUAAUCAAAUCUUGUCAUGGACCAGACUGUUCGAACGAUUUCUUGAUCCGCAAAACGCUUGCAAAAAUCGUAUUUUCAAUUGAUAUAUUCGUGAGAACAUGUUUAAACCGGCGAAACAAGGAAAAGGAACAUUUUGUCAUAGUUUAAUGUAUCAUGCUAUACCUCUGGUGUGCGAGAAUAAAAUUUCCUGCUUUCAGUUUGAGUUUUAAAAAAUUAGGUAAAAUUGCUAACACUUUUAACAGUCGAAAAUCAUUGUAUAAUUAUAUAAUUUGCGAUUCGAUUGCAUGGAAUAGAAGGUCAAAGAUCGUUUUUCUUUUCUUAUGUUUUUAUGAUGAUACAUUGUUGCUAAAUAAGGGGUCUCUCAUUUAAGAUUUAGAUAUACCUCGGAAUAUAUCUCAGUUAGGUAGAUAUACAUAUAAACUCCUGCAGCAGGGCCUCCUUCAUAAUUAAUUGCGUAAUUAUUUAUAUUUGUUCUAAGUU